AUGUCAGGACGAAGCAAAGUAUCGGUCCAGCCGAUCAAUAUUAUCUUUCGACACUUGCAGCAACAGACAAGAGUCUCGCUAUGGCUCUAUGACAAUGUCGACUUUCGCAUCGAGGGAAAGAUUAUCGGCUUUGACGAGUUCAUGAACGUGACGUUGGCGGAUGCAGAGGAAGUGUGGACAAAGAAGGACAACAAGCGCGUAGAGCUCGGCCGCAUCUUGUUGAAAGGCGACAACAUCGUAAGUGCAUCACAGGCCUUUGCCUAG